CUAACUUAUCUUUUUAUACAUAAAAACACCCCAUAAUGGCUCCUCACGCUGUCAGCAAUGGUGCCACUGGUGCUUUGAACGGUGCUGCCCCUGACACUAGUAGCGAUACCGCUUCUCAAGACGUUAAUUUUGCCAGAGAUUCCAGUGAAUCAUUGAAAGCAGUUAACUUGAAUCCUUUUGGAGCUAGUACUGGUCCACAAUCUUUACAAGGUACUUAUUAUACUUGUCCAAAUACUGUGAUCAACCAAACCAUCUAUUCUGUUUCCAGUAAAAUCUUCAGUUAUGAAACUCCAGGAGCUGAAAAUUCUUUAGAUGCCCAUUUGCAACUUUGGUCCCAGCAUCACCAAAGAGAAAAUUCUUUUGGUGUUGUUCCAUUUUUCCAUAGACUUCAAGUUAGAUCUGGUGCCUCAAAUGCUAUUCUUGGUUAUUUCAGUAAAAACGGUACUUUUGGUCAGCCUUUAGCAACUGUUUUAGGUUCAAAUGCUUUAUCUUAUAUGCAUCCUACUUUGGCUGGUAAAUCUGCCAACUUACCAUUAUCUCUUAACGUUUCAGCUAUUGAUUUUGAUUCAAGCUCGGGUUCUUUGGUCUCCAACUAUAUCACUCCAUUGAAUGUUGCCCGUUCUUUGGGUUAUUCUGUUGUUACUCCUGUUAACUCCAAAGACGGUUUGGAAUUACAGUUUUUGACUUUAUUAAAUCAUUAUUUGGCCUUUUUAACCGGUAGUCCUUCAUUAAACUUGUUUGACGGUCCUGAAUUUUCCAAGACUUACACUAAGUUUUCAAACUUAUUAUCUGUUGAAAAAUUGGGUCAAUUAUAUCAAGAUUUAUUAUCAAACACUAAUGAAACUCCUUCUGGCGUUGACCAGGCUAUUGAUUUUGCUUUCAAUAAUUUGAAUAAACUUGCUGGUACCAAUUACAAGCAAUUUGAAUACAUCGGUCACUCCAACCCUGAAACUGUAUUUGUUGUUUACGGUUCUAAUGAAUCCACCCAAGUCUCUGAUGUCAUUAGUAAGAUUACCGGCUCUACUAAAGUUGGUUUAAUCAAAGUUAGGGUUCCAUUACCUUUUAAUCAAUCCAAGUUUAUUCAAAGUAUUCCUUCUUCAACUCGUAAAUUGGUUAUUUUGGGUCAAGUUAAUAAUGACACUUCUUUUACUAAUGCUUCUUCUUCUUUGAAAGCAGACAUCACGGCUGCUUUAUUUUUGGGAGGUGUCUACCAUAACCUUACCAUUGAUGAGUUCACUUAUCCAUUAAACUUUGUUUGGUCUCCAGUAACUAUUACUAAAGUUUUGAGUGAAUUUUUACCAAACUUGGAUCCUGCUUUGGUCUUGGGUGCUCAAAAUCUUCAACCUGUCUCUAAUGUUACUGCUAACACCAGUCCUGAAGGUAAGUACUUGAUUUGGGGUAAAGAUAAUACUGAUUUUUUGAAAGUCGCUCGUAAAUUGGCUUUAUCAUUAUCAUUAGAUGAUUCCAAAUUUGUCAGUAUUAGAAACAAAUAUGAUAACGUUAAUGGUGGGGGGUCAUUUCACUCCCAGAUUGUUUCUGCAACCAAUCCAGCUGAUGUUACCAAUGUUGACUCUGCCGAUGUUGUUUUGGUUGAAGAUUCUUCACUUUUAAAUUAUUUUGAUAUUUUGGCUACCGCUAAGCCUGGUGCUACUAUUUUAUUGGUAAAUAACAAGCCAAUUAAGGAUUCUUUUGAAAACGAUGUUGUUGCCAAAUUGCCAAUUGAUUUCAAACGUGCUUUAGCUAAAAAUCAUAACAAAUUGACUGUUAUCGAUUUCUCUAUUUUAGAAGAGUUAGAUAAAUUGAAUGAUGCUACUAAGGGAUUUUCAGAUGACUUUUUGGUUCAAUUAGGUUUCUGGAGAGCUUCAUUACCAGAAUUGGGUGGGUUUAUUGUUAAUAAACUUUUACAAGCCAAUGGUAACAGCUUUGAGUUAUUAGCUGUUGUUUUAGAUAAAUUCAUUGCUACAGUCGAUGAAUUGAAAGGUUUGAAACCUGUUAACGUUUUACCUGAAUGGGUUGAUUUGGAAGAUACCCCAGUUGAACAAAAAGAAGCCGAAGAAAAGAAGGAAGAAUCUAAGGAAGAAGCUGAAGCUGAAGAAUCUGAACCAUUACCUUUCUUUCCAACUGAAACAUCUUUCUUCCCUAAUCCACGUAAAGAUAAUGCUGGUGUUGAGGAAACUAUCCAUGGAGGUUAUCGUGAUUUAGCCACCAAAUUGGUCUUCCCAGAAGCUUAUGGAGUCAAAAAGGAAUUAAGACCAGACUUGCCCGUUAAGAAUUUCGUUGUCAAGGUUCAAGAAAAUAAGAGAUUAACACCAAGCGAAUAUUCAAGAAACAUUUUCCAUAUUGAAUUUGAUACCACCGGAACCGGCUUAACUUAUGAUAUUGGUGAAGCAUUGGGUAUCCAUGGUAGAAAUAAGGAUGAAGAAGUUGAUAAAUUUUUAGAAUUUUAUGGAGUUGAUGAAAACUCUUUGGUUGAAAUCUCUAAUAAGGAUAAUGCGCAAAUCUUAGAAAUUAGAUCAGCAAGACAAGCUUUAACUGAAACUGUUGAUUUCCUUGGUAAACCACCAAAAAGAUUCUAUGAAGCAUUGGCUGAAUUUGCUGAAGACGAUAAGGAAAGGGAACACUUAGAAAAAUUGGCCAGUGGUGCAGGGGCUGAAGAAUUGAAAAAGAGACAAGAUGUUGAUUUCUCUACUUACGUUGAUAUUUUAGAAGAGUUUAAAUCUGCUAGGCCAUCAUUUGCUGAAUUAGUCAAGAUUAUUGCACCAUUGAAGAGAAGAGAAUAUUCCAUUGCCUCAUCACAAAGAAUUCAUCCAAAUGCAGUUCAUUUAUUAAUUGUCGUUGUUGAUUGGGUUGAUCCUAAAGGUAGAACCAGAUUCGGACACUGUUCUAAAUACUUAUCUGAUUUAUCAAUCGGCGAUGAAUUGGUUGUUAGUGUUAAGCCAUCGGUCAUGAAAUUACCACCUUUACCAGAACAACCAAUAGUUAUGUCUGGUUUGGGUACUGGUUUGGCUCCAUUCAAAGCUUUUAUUGAAGAAAAGAUUUGGCAAAAACAACAAGGUAUGACUAUUGGUGAGAUUUAUCUUUACAUGGGUUCAAGACACAAAAAGGAAGAAUAUCUUUACGGUGAAUUAUGGGAAGCAUACCAAGAUGCUGGUAUUCUAACCCAUAUUGGUGCAGCCUUCUCCAGAGAUCAACCGGAAAAAAUUUAUAUUCAAGAUAAAAUUAGAGCUUCAAUUGAAGACUUGACCAGUGCCAUUGUUACCAAAAAUGGUUCUUUCUAUUUGUGUGGUCCUACAUGGCCAGUGCCAGAUAUUACUGCUUGUUUAGAAGAUAUCGUUGCUAAUGCUGCCAAGAAGGAAGGUAAAGAGCCAGGCGACGUUCAAAAAAUUGUUGAAGACAUGAAAGAAGAAGGACGUUACAUUUUAGAAGUUUAUUAGAUUUUGUCCGUACACAUUUUUUUAUAGAUGUAUAUUUUUUAGUUUUAACUGAUUAUCUCUGUCUCCAA